AUGUCGAAACGCAUAGCUGACAACGAGGAGUCCAUUGAGUCUCUUAAAAGUGGCCAACGCCCCGAGCCUGGCGACGAUGAGAAGCCUGCGAUCGACUACGAAGAUCCGUACGAGGAUGAAUUCGACUCGGAGGACGAGGUGAUGGAGGCUGGUGUAGAUGGACGGCCAGACGCAGAAAGAGAAGCAGAAGAGUCAAGAGAUGUCAUGGAUGUGGAUUCUAAAGAACAGACAUUCAUACCGGGCCGAUCAAUACUACAACCAGGCAUGUCUCUGACGCCCGACCCCUCCACCUAUGAAAUGCUCCACGUUAUGUCGACGACGUGGCCGUGCCUGUCUUUCGAUAUUGUACCAGAUAACCUAGGAAGCCAACGCAAGCAAUAUCCUAGGACAUUGUAUGCGGUUGGCGGAACUCAAGCUGAAUCAGCACGGGCAAAAGAGAAUGAGUUGUACGUUUUCAGACUCAGCAGUCUUUCCAAGAUGGACCGAGGCGACCAGACAGAUUCGGACAGCGACAGUGAUGACGAUGACGAUACUUCAGAUCCAAUCCUGGAAUCCAGGUCGAUACCACUGCCCAGCACCACCAACAGGAUACGGGCAUUCCAGCCGUCAUCUACAUCCAACGACCUCAGCCAAAUACCACAAACGCUCACAGCGAGUUCGCUCGAGAAUGGCCAAAUUCUAAUCCACGAUGUCUCUCCAUACCUCCAAUCACUCUCAACCCCGGGCUUCACCCUGCCACCCAACGCAUCCAAGCCCCUCAGCACUCUUCGCAUGCACAAGACGGAGGGCUACGCACUGGACUGGGCGCCAGCCUCAUCACACCCCAACGGCCGACUCCUUUCUGGCGACAACGCGGGCCAGAUCUUCAACACGCAGCGCACCGAAGGCGGGGGCUGGGCCACCGACACGCGACCUUUCAUGGGCCACACCGACGCAGUAGAAGAGCUCCAGUGGUCGCCGAACGAAAAAUUCGUCUUUUCGUCCGCAAGCUCCGACGGCACGGUGAAGGUGUGGGACGUGCGCAGCAAGAGCCGCAAGCCCGCCGUGGACGUCAAGAUCAGUGACACCGACGUCAACGUGAUGUCCUGGUCGAAACAGACCUUCCACCUGCUGGCCACCGGCGCGGACGACGGCCGCUGGGCUGUGUGGGACUUGCGGCAAUGGAAACCGCAAACAGGGCCUGCGUCUGACUCGCAACUGCGUCCGAGCCCCGUGGCGGACUUCCACUUCCACAAGAAGCCUAUCACAUCGAUCGAGUGGCACCCCUCGGACGACAGUGUGGUGGCAGUCGCAUGUGCGGAUAAUACCACGACGCUGUGGGACCUGGCCGUCGAGCUCGACGAUGAGGAAUACGGUAAAGAGACUGGAAUGGGCUUGGGCGAGGGCGCCGAGAAGGUGCCUCCACAGCUGCUGUUCAUUCACCACGUCGAGGAUGGGAAGGAAUUGCAUUGGCAUCCGCAAAUGCCUGGCACCGUCAUGGUCACCGGCGGUGUGGGAUUCGGUGUUUUCAAGACAAUCAGCGUUUGA